UUCUUCUUCAAGUUGUAACUCUUCUUGCGGAUUAUAGUAUCAUGCAGAACAUACAAAGCUUUGUGGUGGUGUACAACUUAAAUAACCAGUCGUUCCAUCUCUACAUUCUGAUAUGCAGCAUGAUGGAGCAGAAUUCCAAAUCCUUCGCCAUCCCAAGAUGCGUCCCCUUCCUCUCCCACUCCCACAGUAGCUCCAUAUGCUUCGUCACCACCUUCGCCACCCUCCUCGUCCUGGUCCUCCUCCAAAUCCAGGUCCUCACGUCCUCUGUCUCCACCGGUUCCCUGUCAUGGCCUUUCUUCGACCAGGCGUUGCAUCGAGACGAAUCCUCGAUCCACACCGAGCUCGGCCGCGCUCGAUCCAUGCUCCGCGACUCCGUCACCUUCCUCCCGCUGAAGGACCUCAGGUUCGCCAAGGAGCCCACGUCGGGCCACACGUGGUUCAUGAGCUCCAUGAACGAUACCUUCGAAGGUGACGAGACUCUGCACCUUCACUUCCCGUCGGAGGCGUCCAAGGGAAGGCUGCUCUGCCUCUCGGCCCGCGACACCUCCGACGGGACCCAGAACUCGUAUGCGUUAGCAUGGCCUGAGGCCCUCCCGCACGACGCUACGCUCUUUCCAGGUUUAACCUUCGUCUCAGACACCUACUUCGAUUACGGCAACCUGUGGCACGGGACGUCAGCCAUCCUUCCGUUCGUAUCAUGGCACCAGAGGAAGGAAUGCGCGGUUCCCGAUCGCUGGGUGCUGUUCCACUGGGGCGAGCUCAGGACCAGCAUGGGCGCGUGGGUGCACAAUCUCACCAGGGCAGCCAUCGGGCAGGUGAGGAUCGAGGACCUUCGAGGACACGGCGGCGCCGGACCGGCUUGCUUCGAGAAGGCGGUGGUGUUCAGGCAUAACGAAGGGGCGAUGAAGAAGCAGAGGCGGCGGGAGGUGUACGACAUGAUGCGGUGCAAAGCCAGAGCUUACUGCGGCGUUACUCGAGCAAUCACGGAUCCAAAGGCCAUUCGCAUGACGCUGCUGCUUCGAUUGGGAUCGAGGUCCUUCAAGAACGAGUCCACGGUGAUCCGGAUCUUCGAGAACGAGUGCGCGAAGGUGGAUGGGUGCGUGGUUAAGGUUGCAUGGGGCAACAACAUGACGUUCUGCGACCAGGUGAAGCUAAUGAGCGAGACGGACAUCUUGGUGUCUCCCCACGGGUGCCAGUUGACGAACCUGUUUCUGAUGGACAAGAACAGCAGCGUCAUGGAGUUCUACCCCAAGGGGUGGCACGAGCUCGCCGGCGCGGGGCAGUACAUCUACAGCUGGAUGGCCAACUGGGCCGGAAUGCAGCACAGGGGCUCAUGGCGAGAUCCCCAGGGCGAGGAGUGCCCGCACACGGACAAGCUCGCGUGCUUCCUCUUCUACAAGGACGCACAGAUCGGGCAUGACGAGGCCCGCUUCGCCGACUGGGCGGCCAAGGUUCUGGGCGAGGUGAAAGAGAUGAAGUCGAGUGAGGCAUCGAGCGGAAGCCGCCAUGCGGAUCUUGCAGGAUCAUCAAUUCCCUGCCCUUGUGAUCGAUGAUUGUAGUCUUGGCUACGUUUGCAAUCGUAGUAUAUGAAACAAUCAUAAUAUAUGAAAGGAAGGUGCAGCACAUAUCAAAUAUUUAUAUGAAUUGAUGUUUAAUUAAUUUUCUUUAAAUCAUAUUUGUUGAAAAUAUUCAAGUG